CCAGAAGAGCCAUUACUUAGUUCUGUUCAUCAGUUCAACUGCAGCUUUGUUCGAGUAGAGCACACAACUUCAGGAUCAACGUCAGCAUUUCAAUUGCCAGAAAAUCUUUUCAUAUAGAAAAACUUCACAAGUGACAACAUGUCUUCAAAUUACCGAGACGAAUCUCAGUAUUCUACAUCAUCUGAGGAAGAGGAGACUUCAUUGCCUUCAUCCUCUACAGAAGAGGACGCCCAGGUCACCCAAGAAGUCCUCUCCUCCCCCUUCUCUGAUUACCUGAUUCAGUCUUUUUUGGGGGAGGGCACCUUCGGAGAAGUCGUCAAAUGCGUAAAGUCAACCACUCAGGAAACGGUGGCUGUGAAGAUACUGAACAACAACAACUCAGCAGAGGAUGUACAGAACGAGGUCGCCAUCCUUCGAAACCUGCAAGCUUAUGAUUCGGACAAAUUCAACUUUAUCAGAUUCAUAGACAUUUUUAUCAUUGGAGAGCAUGCUUGUCUUGAGUUUGAAAUGCUUGACAUGAAUCUGUGGGACUUCUUGAAAAAGACACCUUUACACGUUCUCUCUGUAAACGAAAUCCGCCCAAUCCUUCACCAGAUGGCCACGGCUCUGCAACUCCUGAGGAGCCUGGGAAUUGUCCACACAGACCUUAAACCAGACAACAUCAUGUUGGUGGACAGCGUAAACAAGCCAUUCAAGAUUAAGAUCAUCGACUUUGGCUUGGCCCGUUAUGUCUCUCAGAUCACAUCAGGCUCAUACAUGCAGUCACGCCACUACAGGUCUCCAGAGGCCAUCCUGGGAUAUCCCGUCAACACAGCCAUUGACAUGUGGUCUUUGGGCUGCAUUGCUGCGGAGCUGUUCCUGGGCUAUGCGCUGUACCCCGGCGACUGCGACUACAACAUGCUACAGCACAUGGUGCAGACUCAGGGUCAGCUGCCGAAAGAACUUCUAAACAACGGCCUCAAAACCUGGUGCUUUUUCCGCAGACUCAGGGGCUGUAGACGUAGCUGGACAUUAAAGACGCCUUUUGAAUACGGACGCACAGUCACGCGCAGCGAGAGCUAUUUCAACUCCCUGAAUGACCUGAAGAAGAUAAGACCAGCCUGCCAUCGGUCAAGCGAGGACAACAGGGCAGAAUCCAAAGACCUGGAGAACUUUGUGGAUUUGAUUAAGAAGUUGCUUCAUCUGGACAUUGGUCAACGGAUAACACCCAGCCAACUCCUGGGGGAUCCAUUCAUCACCAUGAGCGACCUGGCUAACAACUACCCCAACAGCGCUUAUGUGAAAUCAGGCUGUGAAAUAAUGAAAGUCUGCUGGCAUCAGAGUGUGAGCCAUCAUGACAUGGAUCAGAGUGUGAGCCACCAUGACAUGGAUCAGAAUCAUGCUAUCGUACUGGGGAAGGCAUCGGCCAUCUCCCACAGCCUCUCCAUCCAGGACCACAGUUUACCCCAACCACAGCAACUCAGCGUCUCUGCUGAGGAGGACAUGACAGCGCCAGAGCCGCCGCUGCCCUACACCUCUGAGGCUCAGAUCUACCCAGGCCCAUUUAGUCCUGUGAGGAAGAUGGAGAGCGACUCUUAUGAAGCCUUACAGAGUGGGACAGUAAGGCUUGCGACAUCAGGCUGUGAAAUGAUGGACGUCUGCUGGGAUCAGAGGGUGAGCCACCAUGACAUGGAUCAGCAGCCAUGGCUGGACCCACAGGCCUCCACCAGCACCGCCAGCCUGGACCAGCACUACACCCCCAGCCAGGUCUCUCCUGUCUGGAACCGUCCCCAAGAUCAUCCUAUCGUACUGGGGAAGGCAUUGGCCAUCUCCCACAGCCUCUCCAUCCAGGACCACAGUUUACCCCAACCACAGCAACUAAGCGUCUCUGCUGAGGAGGACAUGACAGCGCCAGAGCCGCCGCUGCCCUCCACCUCUGAGGCUCAAAUCCACCCAGGCCCAGUUAGUCCUGUGAGGAAGAUGGAGAGCGACUCUUAUGAAGCCUUACAGAGUGGUGACAUAAGUCUGGAAAGCGGCCACACAGAGAACAAGAGGAUGAAGACCGAUCUCAUCGCGACACAAGCAGGUAGACUCAACUACAGCAGCUCACUCUUGGAAAUCAACUGA